GGCACCACGACCACCACCAGCAGCAGCAGCAGAGUUGUUCCGAAGGGGAAGCGAGCGGAGGCGGAUACUACUACUACACACGCACGCUUGAGAGGACAAGACGACAAAAGUGAGUGAUCGUGCUCUUGCCGCCUGAAAUGCAAGAAGUCCAGGAUGCUCUCCUCCGACCUGGACUCUGCGGAAGACACCGAGGCCAACGCUCUCAAUGAUGCUGAGGAAGAGGAGCAGGAGGCGGACUUUCCAGCCGCGAGCGAUGUGGAUGAGCAGCGUCCAGUCAAGCAGUCUUUGGGUGCCUGCCUGUGCCGUGAAUCUCACUGGCGCUGCCUGCUGCUCUCCCUGCUCAUGUACAGCUGCCUGGGCGCAGUCAGCUGGUGCCAACUGAGCCGCGUCACCAAGAUCAGCUUCAACUCGGCCCUCACCUCCACCUUCACGGCCUCCUUCGGCUCAUCCCCGCAGAGGGGGCCACAUUCCGGAGGUUACUCCAUGAUCUACCACGACAGCCCUUGCUCGGACGGCUACAUAUACAUCCCCUUGGCUUUCCUCCUCAUGCUCUACGUGUUGUAUAUGGUUGAGUGCUGGCAUUGCCGGGCCCGCAGCGAGCUCCAGUGCAAAGCGGAAGUGGACAGCGUGUACGAACGCGUGGCGUGCAUGCGGCAGGCUCAGCCCUGCGUAUGGUGGAAGGCCAUCAGCUACCACUUUGUGCGGCGGACGCGCCAAGUCACCCGCUACCGCAACGGGGACGCCUACACCACCACACAGGUGUACAACGAGAGGGUCAACACGCACGUGGCCGAGGGCGAGCUCGACUACAGCCGCUGCGGGAUGAAGGACGUGUCACGUGACCUCAGAGGGUUGGAGGAACAUCCGGCAACUCGCCUGCAGUUCACCAAAUGUUUCAGUUUCACCGAGGCCGGCCCAGAGAACGAUUACCUCAACCAGCGGGCCAGGUUCUUCUCGGAAAUCGAAGGUUUGGAUGAUUACAUGGAGGCCAGGGAGGGGAUGCAGCUGAAAAAUGUGGACUUCAGGGAUAACCUGAUCGCCUACGUGCACCCGGAUAAAAUGCCCUGGUACACCUCCCAGGUGGCCUUCUGGCUGGCUGCUCUCUUCAUGCUCUCCUGGCCCCUGAGGGUGCUCAUAGAGUACCGCACUGCAUAUGUGCACUAUCGCAUUGAGAAGCUGUUUGGGGUAGACUACACUUGUACUAGCGACUCCCCUCUGGAUGAAGAUCGGACUGUUAGUUGUGCUAUUCCCAGAGUUGACACGCUGGACAGCACAGAGUUGGAGUGGCACAUCCGCUGUAACCGCCAGGUGAUUCCCAGCUACUCCGAAGCCAUGCUGAUCAACAUGAGCACGGGCGACUCCAACUCCUUGCACGACAUCGAAUGCACCGCAUCCUCAAACUGCCACCUCCUGGACAGCAGCCCCACCACUCAGAGCUACGGGGCCCUUCAGUGUCAGUCGGGGCGGGAAGGUGGGCGCAGGAGGAUGAGGAGGAGGACCGUCACCAGUUCCAGCUGCUCUUCUCUCUUCUCCUUCCAAGGAGCGCGCUUCCGAUCCCGUCUAUCCUCGGCCACUUCCCGCUUCUCCCUGUGCCGCAUGUACGGGUCACGUCGCACGGUGGCUCUGUGGAGGAGCCGCAGCAGCAACGUGACCGAUCCCUGCUGCAUGGACGAGCAGGGAGGGCGUUCGGACUCCAGCCAGCUGACCCUCAGCAACAGUCCGCCCAAUUACAGCGACGCCAGGUUCUUUCCUGUGCUGAUAGUGCACGGACCUGACGGAUGCGGGAGCGAGGAUGGCAGAGGGGGGCAGCAGCAUUGCUACAUACGAAGGGGCUCAUCGUGUGUGGAGACAGCCCUGUGAUGUCGAGGCUUGAUUUAUAUGAAUACGGAAAUAGAGAAAAAUGUGCUUUCAAUAAAUGGGUCAUUCCAAAAUUGGAGGACAAUUUAGGCAGCAUUUGUUUAAAUUGACCAUUUACUUUGAUUCAUCCAGUUGAACCAUCAAUGGUACACUUUUUAUGAGGAAUUUUAUUUGUCAUGGGCUGUCUGGUGCAACCCUGUUACAUGUUACUCAGGCACCUGAAACUAACACGCAAAAAUAUUCUUGAAUAAAUCCUAUACAACUAAAUCAAGUAAAAUGUAUAUGCGUUACAAAUUUUAGUUUAGUAUUACUCUAACUGCAGCGAACAGGGUUGCAAGUAACAGGGUUGAAAAUCAAUGCUAAUGUUAGUUUUUGCUCAAAAGUACAUGCUAGCUGUGUUAGCUGCUAUGCUAACUGGUCAAGAGCAAACUUUAAUGAUAAUUGAUCAAAUGAGUACAAUGGUUCCAUUGGUUUGAGUGAAAUACUACAUUACAACUGAGAACAUUGAAAAAAAAAUCAAUUAGAAGAGAGGACUUACUUUACGUCUCCCCAUGGUCAGAGCAAUUGACUUGAUAAUCUCAUUUCUGAUGAGUCAUGUAGUUCACUUUUUUUCUCUUCCCCUAUAGAUGGCCAAAAAUAUUUUAGUUACAGGCUUGUGUGUAUGUUAAGAGACACAACUUUAGAACAUAAUUUCUACUAUUAAGGAAGACAUAUCAACAAAAUCAUACCAAAAAAAUCGGAUUUCAAACUUUUUUAUCCGUUAUGUUUUAUGUGAGCUGGUCAGCAAGUGGGAGGGACAAGAGAAAAAGGGCCACUUUAAGGGGUGUAUUUGGUAUUUUAAAUAAUAUUUAGGAAUCACUUUUACUACAGCUACAUUUACAUUUUGUUCCGGAAUAAUUAGAAUUGACACAACAGUUCAUGUUUCUGGAUUUUGUGCAUGCAUUAUUUUCAACUUCAUGAAGAGGACAGAAAUUUCCUCCAAUUCUGGAAUGACCCAAAUACCACUGUAGAUUGGAAAUAUAAAAGUAUUUUCUUACCAAAAACUUCAGGGUUUGGUCACUGGACAUAAACAAGUCAAACGUGGAUAUGAAUAUUUAGUGUUUAGAUCAUGGGUGGGCGAAGAAGUAUGGCCCAGGGGCCACAUACAACCAGCUCCAUUCUUUAAUUCCCCCACUGAGCAUUUACAUAUUCAAGAGUCUUCUCAUAUUUACAUUAAUUUACUGUUUUUUUUUACCUAAAGUCGGAUAAUUUAAAUGUAUUUAUUCCUUUUUAUUAUUAUUUAUAUAUAUAAUUAAAUAAUUGGAUAAUGUACACUGUACUGUAGCUAUAUAUUUUUAAAUGAUUUAAAAUGAACUAUUUUACAUACACAUAACACUUAUCUUAACCUCAUGUAGGAAUGACCUAGGCCUUCUGUUUGAUUUAAAAGUCAAAUGUGGCCCUUGAGCACAAACGUUUGCCCACCUCUGGUUUAAAUACAUAUUCAUACAUUACACAAUACAUCUAAUAGUCCAUGCAGGCCACCAUUAGAGUUGCUGUUUUAGCACUGUUAUAGUGACCAUGAUUAACUACAAUGUAGAAUCAAGACCUCCACCAAGCCUGAACAAGAAUACAGGUGCAUCUCAAUAAAAUUGAAUACAGUGUGAAAGUUAAUUUGUUUCAUUAGUUUAGUUUGAAAAAUGAAACUGAUAUCUUGUACAGCUUUAUCAAACAAACAAGACCAUUUUUCACAAGGCCAAUUCCUGAUUCCUGAUUCUUCUACGUAAAUUGAAAUUAUUUGGAUUGUUUUUCGUCUGUAAAAUUACAAUUUCUCAUGAGGGUGAAUGUGAGGUUUUUAUUAACAGUAAGCUUUAAUCAUCAAAAUAAAAAAAACAAUUAUUUCACUCACACUGUACUGUAUAUGUUUCAGUUUUUGAGCUGAACCACUGAAAUAAUUUAAACUUCCACGAUAUUCUAAUUCACUGAUUCUCAGCUGGUGGGUCGGGACCCAAAAGAAGGUUGCGAAAGCCCUUUUUGUUGGGUUGUGGACAGGUAGUAAAACUUUUAUGGCAUAAUAAUUCAGACUGAUAAAACUGUUACAGUUGCUUUGGUCUGCAGCCUUCAUUUCCUAAAAAGAAGACAAACUAUUGAUGUUUCCCUUUCCUAAAAGAAGAGAUCAGUGCCAAAUAUAAAUGUUUGUAUAUGUAGUUAUGGUCAUCCGCUGUUUCUUAAUAAGGUGCUCUGAAAGGCACUUUAAAUAUUUAAGCAUGAGUAGCUAUGUUUAUUAAUAUGAUAUUCAUGUUUUCAAAAGCUAUUUUUUUUAACAAUAAAUGUUCUUUAAUGCUCCUAACUUCUGUAAAAGUGGGUCAUAAAAAAAAUGUUGGUACCAACAGUGACAACAUUUGAGAACAAUGUUCUAAUUUACUGCGAUGUACCAAUAGUAGACUACUUUCUGGUUCAUGGAGAACGAUGAUGAAAUGUUGACCAUUUAAUUAAAGUCAUUUUGACUUAAACAGAUGCCAGAUACAGUUAUCAACAUUUGCUCAUGUACUAUGCCAUGUAAGUUUUAUGAUGAUAAAUGUUGCAUUUUUUAAUGAACUCAUUUCAUCUGUCCGGCUAUUUACCCUUGUCCUACGUCAAAUGAAACAACCAAGCCAAUAGUGGACAAAGACUUUUGUACAAUAAUCUACCCAGCACUGAAAAACUGCACCACCUAAUCACCUUCAUUUAUUUAUUUGUCUGUGACAACAUUUUUAACCAGAUGUCAUGCUGUAUGUGACCUAAAUCUAUGUAUGUGUGGGGACUAACUGGGCUAUUCAUUUGCGUUAAACAAGAAAA